GAGAGAAGGAGCUAUCUGAACCAUUUGUUUUCUCAAAUAAACAAAAUUGGGAUUUGUAAUUUUCUAAUCUUGCCCAUUUGAUCCACUUUCUUUCCUCCUCUUAAGUUUUAAAGACUAAAAUCAACAAGAUUUAUUCUGGUUUCCUUCCUCCUUUGUUUGACCUCUCGUUUCUCGGGAAAAAUCCAAGAGAACAAACAAAACAAAACAAAACAAAACAAAAAAGCUUGUGAUUUUGUGAUCGUCUCUAUAAUCAAAUCCUUUACCCAUUGUUUCUGGCCUGAUUCGGCGCAAACCCUUUGUGUUUAUUUUGGAUUCUGGUGACUAUUGGGAUCAGAGGAAGAAUGAUGACGAGUAUGGAAGGGAUGAUGGAGAUGGGUGUGUUGGAUGAUAUCAUAAGGAGAUUGUUGGAAGGUAAAGGAGGGAAACAGGUUCAGCUUUCCGAGAUCGAGAUCCGUCAACUUUGCGUUAACGCCAGACAAAUCUUCCUUUCUCAGCCCAAUCUUCUCGAGCUCCAUGCCCCCAUUCGCAUCUGCGGAGAUAUCCAUGGACAGUACCAAGACCUUCUCAGGCUAUUCGAAUAUGGAGGCUACCCUCCUUCUGCAAACUAUCUCUUCCUCGGCGAUUAUGUUGAUAGAGGCAAGCAAAGUCUUGAAACAAUAUGUUUACUCUUGGCUUACAAAAUCCGGUAUCCAUCCAAGAUAUUUCUCUUGAGAGGAAACCAUGAAGAUGCUAAGAUCAACAGGAUUUACGGGUUCUAUGACGAAUGCAAACGGAGAUUUAAUGUACGGCUUUGGAAGAUAUUCACCGACUGCUUCAAUUGUUUGCCCGUUGCUGCUCUCAUUGACGAGAAGAUCCUUUGUAUGCAUGGUGGGUUGUCACCCGAACUGGAAAAUUUGGGACAGAUUCGGGAGAUUCAAAGGCCUACAGAGAUUCCAGACAAUGGUCUUCUUUGUGAUUUACUUUGGUCUGAUCCUGAUCAGAAGAAUGAAGGAUGGACUGAUAGCGACCGAGGUAUCUCCUGCACAUUUGGAGCCGAUGUCGUUGCUGAGUUUUUGGAUAAGAAUGAUCUCGAUCUCAUUUGCAGAGGCCAUCAGGUAGUGGAAGAUGGUUAUGAGUUUUUCGCAAAACGGAGAUUAGUCACAAUAUUUUCAGCCCCAAACUAUGGUGGAGAGUUUGACAAUGCUGGUGCAUUACUGAGCGUGGAUCAAUCUCUCGUUUGCUCCUUUGAGAUUCUGAAACCGGCUCCAGCUUCAAGCAGUAAUCCUCUCAAGAAGGUACCAAAAAUGGGGAAGUCUUGAAAGUCAAUAAAGCUUAUUCCCUUGAGAUUGGGUUUCACAAGCUCAAGCUAGGCUCUGUGCAUUUCUUCAGAUGUAGGUAAACUGCAAUGGAGAGGAGAACCUCAGGCUACUUUACUUAGUCAUCAAAGAAGAAGCAUCUGUAGAGAAAACAAAAGAGAGAGAGAGAGAAAACAAAAGUUGUUAAUCCACAUAUUCUGUGUAUAGUUGCAGAAACAUCUCUUUUCUGCUUCUGGAGAUUCUCAUCGCCUUUUGGUCUGUUCUUUUUGUCUUUCUUUUUUCGGUUAUCUUUUUUCUUACACAGUUUAACUUAGGGUGGCCUCUCCUCGUUUGCUUUAAUUAUCUUGUAUCAUCAAGUUCACACAUUUCUUAAUCGUUUUCCAUAUUGAAUUUGACUUUCAAGGUUUGGCUCUUACU